CCACCACAAGCCACCCCUCAUCAUCUAGGAAAAACACACUAUUUAUGCAUCUUGUAGAGCUUUUACAGUUGCACAUGUGCUAGCUAACAUGGAGCAUCAAUCCACCCUUGGUUUCUCUUUACAGUUACAUAUCCUUCUCUCCCUUGCCCUAAGCCUUGCAUCCUUCACCACUGUCACCGCCACCAGUGAGGAGGAGGGCCAAUUUGUCUACUCCGGCUUCUCCGGCAGUACUGACCUCACCCUUGAUGGCACAGCCACGGUUACACCAGAUGGGGUUCUCAAGCUGACCAACGGCACUGUUCACCUCAAGGGCCAUGCCUUCUACCCAACUCCAUGGCAAUUCAGCAAGUCGCCCAAUGGGGUGGUGCAGUCCUUCUCAAUAAUCUUCGUGUUCGGUAUGGUCCCCGUCUACUCCGAUCAAUGUACUGAUGGCAUGACUUUCUUCAUAUCUCCCACCAAGGAUUUCUCAGGUGCACAAACCUCUCAAUACUUGGGCCUCCUCAACAUAACAAACGAUGGCAAAUCAAGCAACCACAUAUUUGCAGUCGAGCUUGAUAGUAGCCAAAAUACAGAGUUCAAAGACAUCGAUGACAACCAUGUUGGCAUCAACAUCAAUAGUCUCACCUCCACUGAAGCCCGACCAGCUGGCUUCUAUGAUGACAAGAACAACGGUGUCUUCAACAGCUUGUCCCUCGUUAGCCGCAAGGAAAUGCAAGUGUGGGUGGAUUAUGAUGGAGAUACCACACAGAUCAAUGUGACCUUGGCUCCCCUCAAGGUAGCCAAACCAUUGAUGCCACUGGUCUCAACUACCAAAAACCUCUCAACAGUGCUACAAGAUCAGUCCUACGUCGGAUUCUCGGCUUCAACUGGUCCAAUCGACUCACUGUAUUGUGUGCUUGGCUGGAGCUUGGGCAUAAACCGUCCUGCUCCGGAUAUUGAUAUCACCAAGCUGCCAAAGCUACCUCGAAUUGGCCCAAAACCCCAGUCCAAAGUUUUGGAGAUCGUCCUACCAAUAGCCACUGCCAUAUUCAUCUUUCUUGUAGGAACAACUAUAAUUCUUUUGGUGCGUAGGCGAAUGAGGUAUGCCGAGCUACACGAAGAUUGGGAGGAUGAGUAUGGGCCACACCGUUUCUCCUACAAGGAUUUAUUCCAUGCUACUCAAGGAUUUCACGAUGCGAACCUACUUGGCCGUGGAGGGUUCGGGAAGGUGUAUAAAGGUGUGCUUCCGGUGUCUAAACUGGAGGUUGCGGUGAAGAGGGUGUCCCACGAGUCAAAGCAAGGAAUAAAGGAAUUCAUCGCCGAGAUUGUUAGUAUCGGCCGUAUCCGCCACCGCAACAUCGUCCAGUUACUCGGUUAUUGUAGGAGAAAAGGUGAACUCCUAUUGGUCUAUGAUUAUAUGUCAAAUGGUAGUCUGGACAAGUACUUAUAUCUCCAAGAAGAGGAGGAACAUAAACCCACUCUAGAUUGGGCACGGAGAUUUGAAAUCAUCAAAGGUGUUGCAUCUGGCUUAUUCUACCUUCAUGAGAGGUGGGAGAAAGUUGUCAUCCACCGAGAUAUCAAAGCAAGCAAUGUGCUUCUUGAUAGUGAAAUGAAUGGGCGCCUGGGUGAUUUUGGCCUCUCAAGGUUGUAUGACCAUGGCACUGAUCCACAAACAACACGAGUUGUCGGCACCAUGGGAUAUUUCGCUCCAGAGCUAGCGCGCACCGGUAAGGCAACGCCUCUAACAGAUGUGUAUGCAUUUGGCAUUUUCAUCCUCGAGGUAACUUGCGGACGAAGGCCUAUUAUUGACAGCAAUCAGGCAGAGGAGGUUGGUUCAGACAUAUUAAUUGACUGGGUUGUUGAGCAUUGGAGCAAAGGCUCACUCGCGGACACGCUGGACAUGAGGCUACAAGGCAGCAACUGCAAUCUUGAUGAGGUCUGUCUGGCGUUAAAGCUAGGAUUGCUGUGUGCACAUCCAUUUGGCAAUGUAAGGCCCAGUAUGCGGCAAGUCAUGCAAUACCUCGACGGUGAGAUGCUGCUCCCGGAGCUGAUGCCCACAAACGUCAGUUAUAGCAUGAUGGCCGUAAUGCAGAAUGACGGUUUCAGCCAGUACACAUCAUUGACUGACACAGUUAGCAGCAAUGGAGUGACCUCCAGCCUUUCAACUGGAAGAUGAUCCGCAAGCGUCUCAAGAUUUAGUAGUCAGUAUGUAUUUCUUCACAGCCGGAUUUUGGAAGAACAAAAUAAUAACAAUUCAAGUAUCACUAUUAGAUGUAGCAGGCUGCAGGCCUCUGUUUCUUCUCAGUUUUCGGCUUGAAUUAAUAGAUAUACUUUUUUAUGCAAAGGUUAGAUCUUGUAAACAGUUGUAGAUUGAGCUUCUACUUGUUUGAAAUUAAAAGGACUGCCAGUUACUAGUCUUAUAA